AUGAAUUCAACCAGUAAUACUAGCGGUGCAGGAAUUCCUAUACUGACAUUUUCAGACAGGAACUAUGUAUUACCGCUUACUAUUAUAGCAAGCAUUGCAAUUGGUUCAAUUCUAUUGCAUUUAUUACUCAUUUUUUUGCUAAGAAAAGUUUCGCAAAGAACUGGCUGGAUUUUUGAUGCCGAAGUGGUAAAACAUUGUUCCAAACCGACAUUCUUCAUGUUUCCGUUGUCCUCCGUCUUCAUUACGUUAUAUUAUGUAACGGCAGAUCAAAGCAUUAUUGAUACGAUUCGACAUACACUCCAAGUUCUCAUCAUUUUUUUCACCACGUGGACAGCGAUCGGACUUAUUAAAGCAUGGACAGUAACCAUGAAAGAUUCCAAGAAUAAGAAAUUGCAAACGCAAUUGGUAGUUAGCUCAAGAAUUGCAUAUGGAUUUACAUCAUUCUUUGGGACAGCUUGUAUAUUGUUGACAUUCCCUAGUGCUCGAGAACUUGGGGCCAGUUUGUUAGCUAGUGCUAGCGUUGUCGCUGUUCUUGUUGGAUUUGCGGCGAAAUCAUCGCUUGAGGCGAUCAUGGGACGUCCUUCAUCACAUAGUGAUAAGACUAAUUUAAUUGCUUCAUUACAAAUUGCCCUGACGCAGCCACUCAUUCUAGGUGAUUGGGUGGUCAUUGAUAAUUGUCAAGGCAUAGUUGAGGAAAUUCAACCCCAAUUCAUAGUAAUCAAGACAAUAGAAGAAAAGAGAUUGAUAGUGCCGUUGUCACGUGUAGUUAAUCAAUCGUUUGAAAAUUGGUCGCGUAACGGCGAAAGUAAAACUCCAUGUUUCUACUUAUGUGUUGAUUAUGGCAUUCCGCUCAAAGAUUUGAGACAGCAGUUUAUGUCAAUGUUGCACAAGUGUGAAUAUUGGGAUCAAAGGAAUGCUUUGUUGAAUAUAGACGAAGCCAAAGAAAACGUGUUGGUGUUGAAAGUUAUGAUGACUGCCUCUAAUGUCAAAAAUAGUGAAAAAUUAAAGCUUGAAAUCAGAGAGAAACUGAUCGAAUACAUAAUGAUCACUUACCCACAGUACUUGCCACGCGUCCGAAGUGAAGGUGUGCCGUCGAGAAAGGGAGUUGAUAGCAUGAAAAAGGUGAUAGCGAAAAUGGAAGAAGCGACUACGCGGACAACACAAAAUGAUAAUAAAAAACUGCUUUUUGGUGCACCAAGGAAUUAUGAUGACGAACAUACUCCGAUAAGAAAAAUUCAGAAGGAUUCUACUCUAAACACACCUCCCAAAUUAUCCAAGUUACCCGUCACGCCUCUAACAACCGUUACCGCGUCGAAGAUUGUCAAUAAUGCGAAAAUCGAUUUGACCAGGCCGCCUCUAGUUCGUUCGCAUAGCGCAAAGGAAUCAAUCUCAAGUGAUGAUACCUUAUCAAGUAAUGGCAAAAAAUCGUCAAGAGCUUCACCAAAUAUUAAAUCGACGGUGAAAAUGGAUUUUUCUCACGUAAAGUCGCGCAUCGGUUCAUUGGAGAACAUUAGUCACAAACCCAAAGAAAGUGAGAAAAAAAUUUUUUCUGAAAAGCCCGACUUCGCCAAGGUCUCCUCUCGUGUAGGUUCAUUGGAUAAUAUCAACCAUACUCCAAAAUCUAAAGAAACUAAAAUUUUCUCGGAGAAACCUAAUUUCUCCAAAGUGCAUUCACGUGUCGGUUCUUUAGAUAAUGUCAGUCACACUCCUAAAGGCGGUAAAGUUAAAAUUUACUCUAAUAAACCGAAUUUUUCUCACGUGACUUCACGCGUCGGUUCCCUCGAUAACAUUGAUCACGUUCCCGGAGGUGGAGAGAAAUAUGUGCCUAUUAACCCUAUAAAAAUUCCAAAGGCUGAAGUGAAAUCAAAAAUAGGCUCAUUCGACAAUAUUAAACAUACUCCUCGCGGUGGAGAGGUCAAGAUAUUCAAUCAAAAACCAAAUUUUCGUGAUAACGCCACACCAAAAAUAAAAAUUCGAACACGUUCGAAUAGUAUCGCCAGUAGCGGAAGUAGUGCCGUGGAUGAAGAUGUUGACAGGAAAAGUCUUUUCUGUAGUCCAGUUUCUCCUUUUACAUUAGACGAUGAGAUUGACGGCCCACCAUCCGAGCAAACCAUUCCAGCAAUAUUUCCAUCGGCCGCCUCACUAAUUUCAACAAAAAGGGAGCAUUAUAUAAUUGAAGAAGAGGUCGAUGAGGUUGACGGAAAUGAACCCGAGCAUAUGGUCAAUGGUGAAGAAGAAUCUUGCAAAGAAGGACAUGAAAAAGAACAAGAGGAGUGUGAGGACGAAUAUGAGGAUGCAAUUCCUGUUGUCUUAUCCAAUGAUAACAUUUCUGGCGAUGAUAUUAGUACGACCGGUGUAAAUUCACAAUUAAAUGACGUUGAAUUGUCAUUCGAGGUUAACGUAUCACGUAAGUCGGUGCUUCUGGCCAAUCACGUUGAAAGGAAUACGAUAAUUGAACUCCAACCUACAGCGUUGCCAAAACGAUUGUCAGCCAUUGAGAUUCCACCUCAGACCGACGAGGUGCUUCACGAAUCACAACUAACACUUACCCAGAAACAGGCUUAUGACGAGUCUUGGAUAUAA